AUGUUCCAACUGGCCCAGUUUGGGGUGCUGUCGGCCUUGGCCACCGCGCUCACCUCGGUCCUGUCUGCGCUCUUCCUGCUGGCACUGACCCGGCAGCUGUGGAGCCUCCGCUGGAGCCUGACCCGGGAUAAAGAGAGCAGCCGGCCGCUGCCGAAAGGCUCCAUGGGCUGGCCGCUGGUUGGAGAAACUUUCCACUGGCUGUUUCAGGGUUCCAACUUCCACAUCUCGCGCAGAGAGCGUCAUGGCAACGUGUUUAAGACCCACCUCCUCGGAAAGCCUGUCAUCCGGGUGACUGGAGCAGAAAACAUCCGCAAGAUCCUGCUGGGUGAGCACAGCCUGGUGUGCACCCAGUGGCCUCAGAGCACCCGCAUCAUACUGGGACCCAACACUUUGGUCAACUCCAUCGGAGACCUCCACAAAAAGAAGAGAAAAAUCCUUGCUAAAGUGUUUAGCCGGGGGGCCCUGGAGUCCUACCUGCCCCGGCUGCAGGAUGUCGUCAAGUCUGAAAUCGCCAAGUGGUGCUCAGAGCCGGGCGCCAUCGACGUUUACAGCGCUGCCAGGUCCCUGACCUUCCGUAUCGCCAUCCAGGUCCUGCUGGGUCUGCAGCUGGAGGAGGAGCGGAUAGUUUACCUGGCGCAAAUCUUUGAGCAGCUGAUGAACAACCUCUUCUCGCUGCCCAUAGACGCUCCACUCAGUGGGUUACGCAAGGGAAUAAAAGCCAGAGAGAUCCUGCACGCCAACAUGGAGAAAAUUAUUGCAGAGAAGAUGGAGCGGCCGCAGUCAGAGGAUGAAUAUCAUGAUGCAUUCGACUACAUGCUGUCCAGUGCAAAAGAGCAUGGACAUCAGCUCAACAUCCAGGAGCUCAAGGAAACAGCAGUGGAGCUAAUCUUCGCCGCUCACUCUACCACAGCCAGCGCCUCUACAUCACUCGUCCUCCAGCUUCUUCGCCAUCCAGCCGUGGUGGAGAAGGCCAAAGCCGAGCUGGAAGCUGAGGGCCUCGGCUACGACUCCCACAGCAGUAACAUCCCAUCCUGUGUCACAACAGAGACGGAGGAUGAUGCUGCCAACACAGAGAUAACCUGCCUACUGAAUGGGGACUGUCAGAAUCACAGUGAUGGUUUCCCACAGUCCCACUCCCACAUACCCUAUCUGAGCCUGGACAAGCUGAGCCAGCUCCGAUACGUGGACUGUGUGGUCAAAGAGGUGCUCCGCUUCCUGCCACCGGUCUCUGGAGGUUACCGGACAGCCCUUCAGACGUUUGAGCUAGACGGUUACCAGAUUCCCAAAGGCUGGAGUGUAAUGUACAGCAUCAGGGACACCCAUGAGACGGCAGCAGUCUUCCACAUCCCGGAGCUGUUUGAUCCGGAUCGGUUUGGCCCCGAUCGCGAGGAGAGUCGAUCAUCUCGUUUCAGCUAUGUGCCUUUUGGCGGUGGUGUGCGGAGCUGCGUAGGGAAAGAACUGGCACAGAUCAUACUAAAAACUCUGGCUGUGGAGCUGAUCGGGACUUGCAAAUGGACUCUGGCCACAGAGAACUUUCCCAAGAUGCAGACAGUGCCGAUAGUACACCCAGUGAACGGGCUGCAUGUGCUUUUUACUUACAACCACCCUCUUUAG